AUGGAAGCUACGUUAACUAAAAUAAUGAAAAAUAAUGUUGAGUAUGAAAUUUUACUAUAUCAAUUUUUUCUACUAACAUUUUGGGGUAUUUGGUAUCCAGACGAUUGGUCUUUCAGACGUAGACGGAUUCAUAAUAUCUAUUUCUCAGUCGUAUUCACUUUUAAUUUCGUAAUAUGCACGGAAAUGCUCAUUCAUUUUAUCGUUAGUUUCGGUUCUGACGAAUUCAAAUUAUUAAACUUCUUUUUUGUGAGUGCAAAUAUUACAGCAGUUUAUAAGUCUUUUCAGUUACAUAGGAGUUGUCAGUCAAUAAAAAUCUUCAUCAAGCAUUACUUCAAUGAAAAUUGGAUGAGGUGUACGAAUUCAGAAGAAAUCCAAAUUUAUGAAGACAUCAAUUUGAGAGUUAGAAAUGUGACUAUAACUUACUCCGUAUCGAUGGCUUUGAUUGUAUUGUUAAAAGCUUCAACACCUCUUGCGGAGUCCAAUGCCAUUGCUUUGCCUGUGGAUGCGUUGUACCCAUAUCCAAUAGAAAAACAAUACUGGUUUUGGUUCACGUAUUUUCAUCAGGUCAUUCUUGGCUCUUCUGCAAUUUGUGCACACAUAGGAACGGAUACACUUUUUGUGGGGCUAUUACUGAAAGCCAUUGGCCAAGUUAACUUACUCAAAUAUCGACUUCAAAACCUGCCAAUUUUGAAUAAAAACAACCUGAACUGUGUUGAGCAAGUAAAGAAAAUAGAAAGAAAAUGGCUUAUCCAAAUGAUACAGCAUCAUCAACGCAUAUACAGAUUUGGGCAGGAUCUAAACAAGAUUUUUCACGAAUUAUUAAUCAUAUUGGUUAUAUCAUCGUUACCGAACAUUUGUAUAAAUGUAUAUUCUUUAUCUGCGUAUACAGACCAUAUAAAUGUACAGUAUAUCGCUACCUUUUUUUCCACCACAUCAGCGCUGAUUCAAUUUUUUAUCACGUGCUGGUACGGCAAUGAACUAGCAUUAAAAUGCAUGGAAGUCCCUAGUGCAAUUUACGAAAUGAAUUGGAAUAUGUUGGACGUAAAAGUUCAGAAAUUACUUAUUUUCAUGAUGAAACGGUCGGACAAACCGAUUUCUUUUUCUGUUGGAUACUUAAUACCUAUGAACAUAGGUUCAUUCAUAAAUAUUAUAAAGACUUCAUACACAGCUUUCAAUCUACUUCAACAAACAACCAGUUGAAUUGUUCUGCAAAAUAGAGGAAAAAACUCAAGAAUUUGAUAAGAUAUACUAUAUUAAAGUAAAUAUAACGCAAUGACAUUCAGUGAGUUGAUAUAAUUUAUUCUUCUAUUUUUAUUAAAAAACGUACCUGUAUAACUUUUUAUCAUUUUCAG